CGCGUCGCGCUCAUCUCGCUGUCAUAUACGAUGGUUAGAGCACCAGACUCACCGCAGUCGCAAAUUGAUGCUGCAGACACGUCUUCGACGACUAAGAAUGGCUCAGUUACCGUGAACUCCACUCCCACUGCACCCUCUAACAACAUCGCCCCUCACGAGGAAUACCAAUACAUUAACCUCAUUCGCGACGUUCUCGCCUUAGGGGAAGUACGUGCCGACCGUACAGGAACUGGGACUUUGUCGGUCUUCGCACCUCAAAACCUCCGCUUCUCCCUCGCAGACAACACCUUGCCCCUGCUCACUACAAAGCGCGUCUUUUUACGCGGUAUUGUCGAGGAGCUGAUCUGGUUUAUCCGCGGCCAAACCGAUAGCACACUGCUGUCCAAACGAGGUGUCAAAAUUUGGGAUGGGAACGGUUCAAAGGAGUUCCUCGAAAAGCGCGGAUUGACAGAACGUAGAGAAGGUGACUUAGGUCCAGUAUACGGCUUCCAAUGGCGACACUUUGGUGCGAAGUAUGUCGACUGCGACACAGAUUACUCUGGUCAGGGUGUGGAUCAGAUACGAGAAGUUAUAGGGAAGAUAAGGGAAGAUCCUACAGACCGGCGGAUUAUCCUGAGCGCGUGGAACCCAGCUGAUAUUCCUCUAAUGGCAUUACCGCCUUGCCAUCUUCUAUGCCAGUUUUACGUAUCUCUUCCCCCUCCUGAUGCGCCGGAAGGAACUCGCCCCAAGCUCUCUUGUCUCAUGUAUCAGCGAUCCGCAGACCUGGGGCUUGGCGUACCAUUUAACAUUGCAUCAUAUGCAAUCCUCACACACAUCAUUGCCCACCUUACCGAUACUGACGCACACACGCUGACAAUCCAACUCGGCGAUGCACACGUGUAUCGUGACCAUGUCGACGCACUGAAAGUACAGCUUGAGCGCGAACCCAGGGCCUUCCCGAAAAUCCGCUGGAGACGGCACGUUUCGGACUUGGAUGAAUUCGAGCCAGAGGAUGUAAUUGUUGAUGGAUACACGCCGCAUCCGCCCGUGGCAAUGAAGAUGAGCGUCUGAACCCGCCUUGGGACCCUAGUCUGUUUGUAAGGCGCGACUCAUGCUGUGACACCACCUAUGUAUUUCCCGAGGACGAUAGAGAUUCUUGUAUUUUACAGGUGUCUGAUAUGCUGCUGAUAAGUGCGACUUUCCAC